GUGAGACUCCAAAAGAGUCAAACAGAUACAACCAAGGCACAAAUAAAAAACAAAACGACAUAACCAAUACAGUACAAACAUGCAUGACAUAACUGAUUCAAUACAAAACAGGCACGACAUAACCGAUACAAUAUAAAAUAUGCACGACGUAACUGAUACAAUGCAAAACAGGCACGACGUAACCGAUACAAGUUAUAAAACAGGCACGAUGUAACCUAUACAGUAUAAAACAGUCAUGGCAGAACGGACAAAAUAUAAAAAGGCACAGCCUUACUGAUACAAUACAAAACAGGCACGACGUAACGGAUACAAUUAUAAAAUAGGCGUGGCCUGACCUAUAUUACAAAACAGACACGACGUAACCGAUACAAUAAAACAGCCACGACGUAACCGAUACAGUACAAUAUAUAAGUACCGCUUAUUCACAUCAGAUCGAUGUCAAAAUAAUAUUAGAUAAGACACUGCCUAUAGGCAAAUUAAACUUCAGUUCGUGAGAAUAGAGAAAAUUGUUUAAGUCCCGGUGGAAUAAAACGCUCAGUGCGUGGAUCUUCAAUACGUUUGAUUCAAGCGUAUCACAAUACCGUGUAACCCCUGGGAUACGGACGUAUCGUCUCUAUUGUUACUGAACAGACAAGAAACACGAUACAAUCCCCUAAAUCCAACAUAAGAGACAAAAGACUGGGAUGGAGAAUAAGAGAUUGAUGGAAUUAAAUCCAGUGUGCUGUCGCGGCAAGCAGAAUUGAUCAGUUGAUCUUGAAUUUAUUUGCCGAAUGGAAUAAUUGGCCUAUAGUUAAAGCGAUGUCAUAAUUUAGUGGUUAGUGGCAUCAUAUGAAAGUCCUAUUCAGUUUCAUUCACCAGGAAUCGAAUGAAGAAAUUGGAUCGACAAAAUGUGGUGAUGUUGAAAAAGUAAUAACUGGAACUGGAUCCACAAAUGUACAACGUGAUCGAUAAAAUUCUAGGAUUAAAUUGUUAAUUCGCAUCAGCGCAUUUUCAAUUUUAUUCAUUUUGAAUAAACAUGGAUUAGUUUAGAAAAAAGUUAAAACAAGUUCUCUUUUGACCAGAGACGGACAACUAAAAUUUGCCUUCUAGUUCUACCUUAUGUUAUCUGAGAUCCAGCAUAUUAGCUGGAAUCUAAGAUACAUCGUCUACGAAUGUUAGCUAAUGUUCCCAACUAAACAAAAAUGCACGUUAAUCUAAUUUGGAAUAUGAUGGAUCAUUAGUUGAGAUCGGAAGAUUGCAGAGAGUAUGGUAUAUAUAGGCCUAACCAUACAUAAAAAUAUCAUAUUUAUUGAACAUACAUCUUAACAUCUGUAUCGUAAACUGGACCAAAACACACGUGUCGUUAUCGGCUACAGCCAUAAAACACUUAUUUCCGAUACUGUUGAUAAACUACGCGACACGGAGUUUGAUGUAACGUGCGAUUACGUUGACCCUAGACUCGGAUAAAGAAACGCUGGAUAUUAUUUAGGAUAGAUCAUGCCAAGAAAGGAUAACGGAAUAACGAAAGGGAGCAAAAAAGAAUACUGCUCAGGAUAUGUGGACAAUUAUGGUAUCUGGAACAACGGGUUCUUCUGUCCGAUGUGGAAGGAUAAUCCUCCCGUAGAAAUAUGUUGCGGGAACACUACAUAUCGCUACUGCUGCCCACCAUCCACACCUACACCACUACCAGAUACCCUACCAGCUUUGCCCUUUGUGCUUGGUGGUUCGAUAGGUGGCGUUAUAGUGCUGGUUGUCAUUGCCCUACUGGUUUGCUGCUGUUGCUCCUGCUGCCCAUUGUACAAACGACGUAAAGAGCGCAACCGAGCUGAUGGUAGGCAUGGCUGUGAACGCCUGGAAACUAACAGUAAUGGUUACACACUAACAUAUACAGUGUGCCCACAUCAUUCCAAUCACCCAUAUCAAGGCAUUGACCCUCCGGUAUACGCUGCAGAAAUGGGCGACCCUCCUCCAUACCCUGGACCCACAGAGGUGGAAACAUCGACGCCUGGCGAUACUGAAGCGUCUUCCAGCGAACGAAGCUCAAAAAUAGAAGAUUCCGACCAUGAACUUGAUCAUGAUGUGGAUAGUUCCAGAUUCCAAGACGCCAGUCUUAAUGACAUCCUUGACAGUGCUACAACAGAGGCGUUAUCUACCAACCACUCGUUCAGCAUUGGUCGUCCUGCUCAUCCACAACGCGCCCGCGAUCUGCUUUCUUGUGCAUCCCGUGGAUCAUGCGGCACGGGAACCACAAUAGAAGGAUUUGAGUUCGGUAUACCGGGUUCAAUGAGUCUCUAUUCACAGGACGAAUCAAACAUAAACGACUCAGCGUUGGUGUCCAAAACUCCUGAUAAAAACUAUGCAACACUUGAUUCAGAUCAGCCACAGAUUCAAAAUCCAAGUACAAAACAGUCAAAAAGCGAACGUGCGAUGUUAAAUAAAAAUGGAAUCAGUAUGUCUAAUAGUCAACCCUGUGGCAUAAUAGAACAGGAUGUGAAUAGGCCAACUAUAGUAUUAAAUGAUAUAAAUAGCCAAAGCUCCCCUGACAUAGAUUUAAAUUGGAAUACAUAAUCAGAGUCGGUAAUCCCUAAGGAUAAAAAAGAUGCAUUGGAACAAAGUAUAUCAAGACUUCACAACCAACAUAAAAUUGAGUGAUCGAUUUAUCCCUCGAGCGAUGACAAUAAAAACAGAUAGCAAAAAUUGAAUUUUGAAAUCCCUUGACGGCCUGAAUAUCUUCGCUACACUGCUUCUUUUCAAGGCUUGGAUUCGUGUUAUAUUCUUCAUUGGAGCAUUUAAUACAACACGUUUAGUUUGAU